AUGCUGCCCAGGGAGGUUGCUCUGAAAAGACUGCGUGAAGCUGCCAAUAGCAACGACUUGGACACAGUGCAGCAACUCCUGGAGGAUGGGACUGACCCCUGUGCUGCGGAUGACAAAGGCCGGACAGCCCUGCACUUUGCCUCCUGCAACGGCAACGAUCACAUCGUGCAACUGCUUCUGGACCAUGGGGCUGAUCCAAACCAGAGAGAUGGGCUGGGAAACACCCCCUUACACUUGGCUGCCUGCACGAACCAUGUUCCUGUCAUCACCACGCUGCUGCGCGGAGGGGCCAGAGUUGAUGCCUUGGAUCGAGCUGGCAGAACCCCACUGCACCUUGCGAAGUCAAAGCUAAACAUCCUGCAGGAGGGACUCUCCCACAGCCUGGAGGCUGUACGUCUGGAGGUGAAACAGAUUAUCCAGAUGUUGCGGGAAUACCUGGACCGUCUGGGGAGGCAUGAGCAAAAGGAACAGCUGGAUGACCUCUGCUCCAGGUUACAGAUGACUAGCACCAAGGAGCAGGUGGAUGAGGUUACAGACCUUCUGGCCAGCUUCACAUCGCUCAGCCUGCAGAUGCAGAUGGAGAAGAGGUAAUGGGCUUCCACAUCAUCUUCCUGAUGCACCAGGAGAAGCCUUAGAGAGAAAAAGAGGAAGCUGAAGCUUGCUUCCUGGAUUGCUGAAUAAACAUUGC